CUCCAAAGCAAAAACAAUACACGAGCUUUAUAAUGCACUAGCCAGUAGGUCACAAAUGUUUUUUCCAGAUUUGUAAAACCUUUCCGUCCAACCUUUUUUUACUUUGUGCAAAAAUAAUUUCCACCCUAAUUAUCCCCAAAUCAAUCAAUCAUUCUCCUCUACAUACAAAUUUGCGCAGGUAUAUAUACACACACACACGCGUAGCCUCCUGAAGCUAUUUCUUCACUUCAACCCUUCCUUUCUGGUUCAUUAUCUCUGUUUCAUGGCUAUAGGGAGAAAUAAUCACCAUCCCUUGCAGAUUGAGGACCUUCUUGAGGACCUGUAGAAGGGAUUUCAAUUCAUCAUUUUCUCCUUAAUUGCCGAUUAUUUGCUGCGGUACCCAUAUUUCAAUAUAGAUCAUCCAUUUUGAGAUAAGGUGUAGAACUAAGAAUUAGUUGGGUUUUCGUUAUCUUUUAGAUUCAGAGGGUUCUAGGGUUUCUGUUACUUAUUUUUUCGCCUUUUUUCUUUUAGCCUUUUCAGCUGUAGGUGUUAAAAGAUUAUUCCUUAGGUUUUACAAGAUUUUUAAGGGUUUUUGUCCGGCUUAGUGGUACUUUGAGAGUGAAAGAUUUUGUGAUUCUAGUGUAAAUUUUUGAAAUGGAUGGAUAUGGAGGUGGAGGGGAUAUUCGAGAUUCGUCCAAGCUACAGCAUCUCGAAUCAUUUGCUGAGAAUCCCACAGGGAGUGCGGUAUUUGAUGCUUCACAAUAUGAGUUCUUUGGUGGCGAUGUGGUUGAUGAAGUCGAGCUUGGAGGUUUAGAUGACGAAGAGGAUGAUCCUACUCCAGUUGGGUUUGAGGAAGAAGAGUUUCAGUUUGGCAAGGAAGAGGAAGAUGUAUUGGGACCUCUGUCUGAAAUUGAUGAUCUUUCAUGCACAUUUUCUAAGUUAAACACAGUUGCUGGUGGGCCAACUAAUGCUGGAGUUAGGAGAGAAUGGGGAUCCAGAGAAAGUUCCUCUGCUUCGGAGUUGGCCCGAGACACUGAUUACAGUAAUUGGCUCGAUCAGCGUGCUUUCGAUGCCGAACCAAUUCAAGAAAGCCCAAAAUGGGCCCCACACCCAUAUUCCUCCUCAGCCCGCUUUAUGGAGCCCAAUUCACUGCACAGGACAUCUUCAUACCCCGAGCAACAACAACAGCAGCAAUACCCGCACCACCCACCGCAAGGCCUUCGCCACCAGCAUUCGAGCGAACCAAUUCUUAUCCCGAACUCGCCAUUCACUUCGUACCCACCUCCCGGAGGCAGAUCUUCUCACCAAGCUUCACCCAAUGGCCAGCUUAAUAACAAUAUUCCAUUCCGCCCUCAGCUUCAAAUGAGCGUAUCGCCCCACAGCCCUCAGUUCGCCGGAAAUUUACCUCAGUUGCCACCUCAGGGCCUCUCGCUUAAUAGUCAAAUCCACAACCAACACUCGAAUCAUCCCGGUUUGUACCCUAUGAACGGUUUAAUGCCUCCUCAGAUGAUGCCACCUCAGCGACCUGGAAUUCAGCGUCCUUUUCAGCCGUCGAUUCCCCAUCUACAGGCCCAGAUAUUAAACCAGCACCUUUCCGCAUCCCCACCGAACUUCGACUUGCUUCCAAGAGCCAGACAUUCGGUAAUUCGCCAUCCUCACCCGGGAGGCUCGAAUUGGACGAGAUUCAAGUCGAAAUACAUGUCAGCGGACGAGAUCGAUAACAUCCACAGGAUGCAGCUAGCCGCAACCCACAGCAACGACCCGUACGCCGAGGAUUAUUACCAUCAAGCCAUCCUUGCUCGAAAAUCGGCCAACGCUAAACUUAGACACCAUUUCUGCCCGACUAAUUUGAGAGAUAAUUCAUCGAAACCUCAUUCGAGCGACGAGCCACACCCUUUCCUUCAGGUCAAUGCUCUCGGGCGAGUCUCCUUCUCCUCCAUAAAAAGGCCCCGUCCUCUCCUCGAGGUGGAAUCUCCGAAUUUGUCCCAAAACAACAGUGGUGAACAUGCGGAGUCGAAAGUUUCCGAGAAGCCUCUCGAGCAAGAGCCGAUGCUGGCGGCCCGUGUGGCGAUAGAGGACGGUAUAUGUCUUUUGCUCGAUGUGGACGAUAUCGAUCGGUUUCUGCAGUUCAACCAACUCCCGGACGGUGGGGCCCAGCUGAGGCAGAGGCGGCAGAUCCUUCUCGAAGGCCUGGCUUCGUCCAUGCAGCUCGUCGAUCCUCUGGCUAGAAACGGGCACACGGUGAGUUUAUCUCCCGGGGACGAUUUUGUCUUUUUACGAUUAAUCUCCCUUCCCAAAGGAAAGAAGCUCCUAAUCAGGUACCUGGAAGUUUUGCCACCGGGUGGUGAGCUCAGCCGAGUCGUUUGCAUGGCUAUCUGUCGUAACUUGAGGUUUUUGUUCGGGAACACGCCAGCCGAUCCCGAGCUGUCGACAGUUGUCGCCAGCCUGGCGAGGGCAGUCUCGUUGUGCGUUCGGUUCUUGGAUCUCAAGCCGCUGGCGGCGUGUUUAGCUUCGGUGGUUUGCUCGAACGAGCACCCGCCACUGCGGCCGGUGGGGCAUGCGGCGGGUGACGGAGCUUCUGUGAUUCUGGGUUCGGUGCUCGAGAGGGCCACCGAGCUUCUGACGGGCCCACGCGCGGCGGAAAGCUGCAGCGCGCACCAGAGGGCGUUUUGGCAGGCUUCGUUUGAUGCUUUUUUCGGGAUGCUCACAAAGUAUUGUUUUAACAAGUAUGAUUCUGUCUUGCAGCAAUGUUUAGCCGCCUCCUCGAAUGGCUCGCCGGAUGAGUUGGCUAAGGCGAUCAGUCGGGAGAUGCCGGUCGAGCUCUUGAGGGCGAGCCUUCCUCAUACGAGCGAGCAGCAGAGGAAGGUGCUUUUGGAGUUUGCCCAGCGGUCAAUGCCCGUGAUGGGUUUUGGUGGUGGCUCGUGAAUGAGGAAAAUCGCGUGAGAGGAAUUUUGUCGAUUAUGCAAAUGUUGGUUAAAAAUUUUAAAACAGGUUCUUUGCGUUUUGUGGGGGAUAAGACUCGUAAAAGGAAGCGUUGAAAUUGCAAAAUUUAUCACUUUUAUCGAGACAAUUAGAGUUUCACUACUAUCUUUGUUGUCCCCUGUUUUCAUGGUGGGAGAAGAGGUUUUGAAGUUUGCCACCAGCGUACCAGUGCAAAUUGGGAUUUCAUGUUUCUUUUUUUCUUUUUUUUUUU